AACUUCUGUCUGAAUUAUUGUAGGGUUUGUUUAGCUCUAACCUAAGUUUCAGCUGUUUCCAUUAGACUAGUUAAAACAAAUACAUGUCUUCUGUUUCCAUUAGAGUUUGCUUGAGAGUUUGCUUACACACGUGAAUUUCUUCUGUUUCAGGUGAAGUACAAGACGAUGUCACGGGUUGAAGACAAAAGCUGGUAUGAAGUCACGGGUUUGUAUGCUCUGUUUGUAUUUUCAUGUCACUAGACCAUGUCACGGGUUGUUUCUAUGUUGCCUUUAUAAAUCUGCUUGUAGACUCAAAUGUUAUGCUAUUUCCUUUGCUCUUCUGCUUCCUUUGUACUCUCUAAAAACUGAUGUAAUGGUGUUUUAGUGGAAUCUAUUUCCUUUCCUCUUAUUUUCCUUGUACAAUCUCGUUUGCAAUUGUUUCAACAACAACGAUCCCAGCUUGAACACGUGAACCUUCCCACCUUCAUCUUCAUCACCGAUAGGAAGGAUAGCCUAAUAUGGCAGAUGAAACCGACCGAAGACUCGAUGCGGCUGUCAAUGAGGCUUUCGAUGAAUAUUUUGAAGAAACAUACAACAGUAUUAUGGAGAAUCGAACUACAAAAAAAAAGAAACGUGCGUACGUCGAAAGAAACCGAGAAGCGGGCCACAGCCGUCUAUGGAAUGACUAUUUUAGUGAAGCUCCGACAUUUCCGCCUCAUUUAUUCAGACGCCGUUUCCGCAUGAGCAAGGAAGUAUUCAUGCGGAUUGUCGACACCCUCUCAGCAAAUGCUCCAUUUUUUCAACAAAGAAGAGAUGCAGUCGGAAGGUUAGGUCUAUCAACAUUACAAAAGUGUACUGCAGCUAUCCGUAUGCUUGCGUACGGCUCUGCGGCUGACGCCGUCGACGAAUAUCUCCGACUAGGUGAAAGCACAUCACUUUCAUGUUUAACAAAUUUCACAGAAUGUAUAAUACAACUAUUUGGAAAUGAGUAUCUACGAAGACCCACUCCAGAGGAUCUUCAGCGACUACUCGAUAUUGGAGAGAUACGCGGCUUUCCGGGGAUGAUUGGAAGCAUCGAUUGUAUGCAUUGGGAAUGGAAGAAUUGCCCAACAGCUUGGAAAGGACAGUACACACGUGGAUCGGGAAAGCCGACAAUUGUCUUGGAGGCUGUAGCUUCACAAGAUCUUUGGAUAUGGCACGCCUUUUUCGGUCCUCCAGGUACAUUAAACGAUAUUAACGUCCUUGAUCGGUCACCUGUUUUUGAUGACAUUUACCAAGGCCGCGCUCCAAGGGUAACAUACAUGGUCAACGGACACCAGUAUGAUUUGGCUUACUACCUCACUGACGGUAUAUAUCCAAAAUGGUCAACAUUUAUCCAGUCCAUCACACUCCCUCAAGGUCCUAAAGCAGCGUUAUUUGCUAAAGUUCAAGAAGCUACCCGGAAAGAUGUGGAACGUGCUUUUGGUGUAUUGCAAGCUCGAUUUGCGAUAGUGAAAAACCCAGCUCUAUCAUUGGACAAGGAAAAAAUAGGAAAUAUUAUGAGAGCGUGUAUCAUACUACACAAUAUGAUCGUCGAAAACGAAAGAGGUGGUUACACUCAGUACGAUACAUCGGAAUUUGAAGAAGGAGAGUCGAGCAGAAGUUCACAUGUAGAGCAUACUAACAACAUGCCUUCACAUUUCGGUAAUAUGCUUGGUCUACGGAAUCAUGUUCGAGAUAGGCGUACACACGAAGCAUUGAAGAAUGAUUUAAUCGAAAAUAUUUGGAACAAGUUUGGUAAUGAUGAAGAUGUUUAACUAUUGUAUGUUUGCUUUUAAUCAUUUAAUAAAAAAAAAUUUAAUGUUUUUAAAAAAUUUAAUGUUUUUAAAAAAUAAAAUUUUUUAAAAAAUUUAAUAUUUUUAAAUUCCUAAGGACUCCAAUUCGAGUAACACCAUUGGACAUACAUUUUAUACUCAAAUCCUUAACUAUUCAAAAAGCAAAAAAAUAUACUAUUAUAAUCCUAAGGACUCCAAUGGUGGGUAACACCAUUGGAGUUGCUCUAAGUGUAGGGUUCCUUAACUUUUAACUAAAAACACUAAGGGAUUUUUCUUAAGUCUCUUAUUUAAGGGUCGUUCCUUAGCUUUUUUAGUUAAAAGUUAAGGGACCCUACGCUUAAGGGUCUCACUUAAGGAACAUCAAUAAUGAUGCUCUAAGAGCACCCCCAUUAGUGAACUUAUGGGGGGUUCACACACAUUCCCAAAAAAAAAAAAAAUUAAAAUAAGGAAUAGUGAUGAACCUGUCUCUCUCCACCCCUUCCCAGUGAACCUGGUUCAUCACUGUAGCGCGGACCCCACGGCACGUGGCGGCCCGCGACUGGUCCGAAAAAAUAUUUUUUUUUUUUUUUUUUAAAACAAAAAUCAACUAAAAAAAAAAUAAUAAAAAAAUGUUUUGUGAACCCCUUUCAUGGGGUUCACUAAUGGGGAUGCUCUAAGGACUUCCCCUUAAGGAUUCCCAUUGUGGAUGCUCUGAGCAUUGGUGAACCCCCUUGGGGUUCAUAAAGAUUUUUUAAUAUUUUUUGGUGGAUCCAUGAAUAGUUAUAAACCUGUAUUUGUUGUUUUCUGCAUUGUUGAACCUCAAGAAGGAGUUCAUAGGAAUAAAAUAAUAAUAUUUAUUUUAUUUUUUAAAAAUUUAAAAAUAUUCAGAAUACAUGAAUAAAAUAUUAAAAUAUAUUAUAAAUAUUUUAAAACUUUUUAUUCAAUACAUUAAGAGUAGAUUACAUAAAUCAAUAAAUUCAAUAACAUACAAAGCUUAUUCUAUCUUCUUCCGGAUCCAUCUGUCAAAUAAUUCAAGAUUUUGUCAAAUAAUUACUCGUAAACCACAAUCACGAUCUACAACCCUAAACCCAUCACUCGAUUUAAACCAUAAAACGAAACCCAUCACUCCAUUUAUAAACAUUACUCGAAAACCCUAACUGGAUUUGAAAUCUCAGAAAAAAGAACCCUAAAACAAACCACAAUCACGAUCUACAACCCUUGAUCGAAACCCAUAUAUCGAUUUAGAUCCCUUACUCGAAACCCUCAAAAAAUUUUCAAAAUCGAAUAAUUGCUUCCCACCCCAAAAUCGAUCCAAUAAAGCUAUAAAACUACAGGAUACUCACCUACGCUCGUGGAUAGAAGAGCUCGUCGUCGAUUACGUCGAGAAAAUCGCCGGGAAUCGUCGUCGCACGAAAAGUCGCCUCUCACGGUGAAACCCUAGUAUUUUCAGAGAAAGGGGAAAAUGAGAAGAAACACGAUGUGGCCCGACUUUCCUCCUCGUCAACGCGGAACGCUUGACCAACCAGCGUACGCCGCGUGGCAAAAUCCGCCCCUUACGGGUUCAUGCGCAAGGCCCGGUUCAUCAAAAUAAUCGCAUUUUUCUUUUUUUUUAAUCCACCGGACCUAAGAUUUCGAACCCACGAACCUGUUAUAAACUGCUAAUGCGGAUGGUCUUAGAGCAUCUCCAAUGGUGUUACCACCAUUGGAGUCCUUAUGAUUAUUAAACUAUUUUUUUUUAGAAUAGUUAAGGACUCUAAUCAAAAUAGAAUGUCCAAUGGUGUUCUCCAAUUUGGAGUCCUUAGGAAU